GAAGUAGAGCUCUACGUGUGCAAUAUAAAACGGUAGUCUUUAAUUAUUCUGCAUUGUUGCAGAACUGUUUUUGGCUAAACUGGCGCGUAUGUCCCACAUCUGUCAUGCCUCGCACAUAUCACGUGUUUUAGCGGCUCCGGCUGUGCUCAGGCGACGCGCGCACAGAUGUGAAAACGCACGCGUAUUUUCGUCGAUUGUCAUCUCGCGAUUCAUUACGUGUCAGACGUGGAAGCGGACGCCCCGCCCCGGUUUGCGUUCAGCGAGCGGCUCUUUGUGAAAUCGCGUCUCCCCUCAGAUUAUCCGCGCGCGUGGUGAGCGCCCCCUGCCGGAGGCCGAGUGGCAUGAGCGCGUGCGGGAGGAAGGCUCUGACCCUGCUCAGCAGCGUGUUCGCGGUGUGCAGCCUGGGGCUGCUGGGUAUCGCCGUCAGCACCGACUACUGGCUCUACCUGGAGGAGGGCGUCAUCCUGCCUCUCAACCAGAGCGCCGACAUACGCGUGUCUAUCCACUCCGGCCUCUGGAGAGUCUGUUUCCUGGCAGGUGAGGAGAGAGGCCGGUGUUUCACCAUCGAGUACGUGAUGCCCAUGAGCGUUCAGCUGACCAGCGAGUCUACAGUCAGCGUCCUCAAGAUGAUUCGUUCGGCCACACCGUUUCCCCUGGUCAGUUUAUUCUUUAUGUUCAUUGGUUUCGUGCUCAACAACAUCGGACAUAUCCGGCCCCAUCGCACCAUACUGGCAUUUGUCUCUGGGAUCUUCUUCAUCCUGUCAGGUCUGUCCCUGGUGGUUGGUUUGGUGCUGUACAUCUCCAGCAUAAACGACGAGAUGUUCAACAGGACCAAGAGCAAUGAAGCGUAUUUCAGCUACAAGUACGGCUGGUCGUUCGCGUUCGCCGCCAUUUCCUUUCUGCUCACUGAGCUUCAGGAAACGUCUCGUUCCCCUGUUCUUCAGAGCGCAGGCGUGAUGUCCGUCUACCUGUUCAUGAAGCGCUACACGGCGGAGGAAAUCUACCAGCCUCACCCCAGCUUCUACCGCCCUCGCCUGAGCAACUGCUCCGAUUACUCGGGUCAGUUCCUUCACCCCGACGCCUGGACGCGAGGACGCAGCCCGUCAGACAUCUCCAGUGACGCCUCGCUUCAGAUGAACGCCGGCUACCCUGCCCUGCUCAAGUGCCCCGACUACGACCAGGUGUCUUCCUCUCCCUGCUGAAGGUCUCAAACACACACGCGCGCGUCUUCGCCUUAUGUCCUGAUAGAACGUACGACCGUCAUGUUAGCGAGCCGAAGGCUUCGUUUCCAGCAGGAGGCAGUGUGGUAUUCUCCUCUGGAGCGAUUCACACGCGCGUAACCGUCGAAGUUUAGCGUAAAACCGGGUUUUGAUCGAUGUAAAUAUUUACGGUGCUCAUACAAACAUGAAUUGUAGCCAUUACGGAACAGUAGCCUUCAAUCUUGCUUUCGAGAAUAGCACAUUUAUGCGCGUUACACUAUGUAUUUAUGCAAUGUAAAAUCUGUUCAUACUUCAAAUUGUAUUCUUAUAGAGGUUGUUCUGAAAAAAAUUAAAUAUUAGCAAAUAAGUGCAGAUUUUUAAAAAGGAGAAUAUCUUGAAAAACUCAUCAACAUAUACAAAGUAUACAAAUAAUCAAAUGAACAAAUAUACAACGCAUAUCAUGUAUUAGUGCACAUGUGAGAUGAAACACAUCAAAGUGGAUAUUAUAUUGUUGCUCCACAGCUUACUUAUUUUCUGCUAGGAAUAUAAAACCUAACUCAUAAAAUAGCUCUUUGUAAACAUUUUCACAUCCAUGUUUGCAUAACGAAGUAUUUUGCUUUCUUUUUGUAUCCGAAAAUGUAUCCGAUGUGCUGUUUUCUGUCUUUUUGUCAUAGCUAAUGUAUGAUGACGCUUUCUACAUUAAUAUUUUGUAAGUGUGAGAAAGGUUGCAUUUAUGGAUAUAAUCUAAAAAUACUGCAAAGCUUUCCUUGUU